AUGGAAGCUCCAAUGUCCGACCUCAGCCCCCGCUCUCUUACAUUCACAUUCACACUCAUUCACGUCGAGAAGACGGUUAAUUUGGAAGAAACCGACCCGCCUAUGAACGACCACAGAACCUUGGUGCUUGGUUUCGAUGGGACUGGUGAUCAGUUUGACGACGAUAACUCCAAUGUGGUCAAUGUCUUUUCCCUUCUCAAGAAAUACGACCCCAGCAAACAGCUUGUGGACCAUCAGUUACUCGUCCCUGGAUGGCCAAACUUCAUCGCGGGUCCAUGCGAUGUUGGGAAGCCACCUCAACUCACAUGUUAUGGCGGGCUACGAGUUCUUGAUGCAGAAUUAUGGAUGAGCACGGAGACAAGAUUUGUAUGUUUAAGUUUUCUCGCGGCGCCUACACUGUGGGCGCUUACCGGAAUACUGCACCAAAUCGGUCUGCUACCCAAAUGCAACCACCAGCAAGUUCCCUUCGCCUACAACCCGCAGGAGAAAAGUGAUGCCCGACUCGUCCUGGUUGAUCGAUAUCGAGUCGUGCAGUUUGUGUUGUUGCCCCGUAAACUUGGUAGUCUUCAGGCUUGA